CAUCUUGAAAAGAAUGGGAACUGGUGAAAGUGAAACGGGACCUUUGCUGAGGAUGAUCCGAGUUAAUGAUCCGGAUCCUCCAAGAAGAAGCCAACAUCACGAACACCGGCACCAUGGCGAUUCAGAUCAUGACAAGCAAAGUGCAGGUGAAGGCAGUGCUCGUCGACAGGCCCACUCGAGCAGCCGACCGCAUAUUUCGAGACAUUCAAGUUCACGAAGUCAACGAUACUAUCAAGAACCGAAGAUUGGUCUCAUUGAAAAGGUUGAGAAGGUGGUCAGCACUCUUAUUGGACGUGUUGGGGCAUGAUUUUCAUGGUGCUGACGAUACAAGAUAUUACCGGGAAGGAAUACAAGGCCAAAGGAAUUCAAGAAGAGAUUUCUCACAAGGGCUGGCUGUAUGAGAAAGGCACAUUCAUUUCGUAUGCAGGACUUGGGUAUGUGAGCGAGGUUCGGCUGGGUGGCUUAAUCUUGUAUAAUACAGUGUAACGAUCAACGAUGUACGAUG